GGCGGGCCUCCUGGGUGGGGGGGCGGGACGCCGGGGUCCCCAGGGGCGGGUGGCCGCGCUAGGCGGGGCCGGUGGGGCGAGGGUUAACCCGCCCCUCCCCCGUCCACCUGCUCUCCCCUUCCCCCCGCGUGCCCUGGGCUGACCCUCGUCCCCUCCUCUCCCCGUCCCUCCUCUCCCCGCCUCCGGCGGCUGCUGUUGUCACCCACCGGGCGGCCUGUCCCGUUUGCCUUCCCCCGCCGCGGGGCUUGCCGGGCCGGCAGGGCCAGGGACUGGCGGCCGCUUCCCCAGCGCUGCCACCGCCGCCAUGCUGGCUGCUCGCCCACCCCACUGGGGGCCCCACCGCGCCCCAGCCCCCCGUGGGCUCCGCGCCAGCCCUGACCCGGGUCUCAGCGGCGGUGGCAGCCGAGGUGCAGGAUGCGAGAAGGCGCCCCCCGGCCGGGCUCCCGCUCCAGGCCUCACUCCCCUGUGGCCCUCUGAGCCCACCAUGGCCGUCCCACCGGGCCAUGGUCCCUUCUCUGGCUUCCCAGGGCCCCAAGAGCACACGCAGGUAUUGCCUGAUGUGCGGCUACUGCCACGGAGGCUGCCCUUGGCCUUCCGGGAUGCAACCUCAGCCCCGCUGCGCAAGCUCUCUGUGGACCUCAUCAAGACCUACAAGCACAUCAAUGAGGUAUACUAUGCGAAGAAGAAGCGGCGGGCCCAGCAGGCGCCACCCCAGGACUCGAGCACCAAGAAGGAGAAGAAGGUCCUGAACCAUGGUUAUGACGACGACAACCAUGACUACAUCGUGCGCAGUGGCGAGCGCUGGCUAGAGCGCUAUGAGAUUGACUCGCUCAUUGGCAAAGGCUCCUUCGGCCAGGUGGUGAAAGCCUAUGACCAUCAGACCCAGGAGCUGGUGGCCAUCAAGAUCAUCAAGAACAAAAAGGCCUUCCUGAACCAGGCCCAGAUUGAGCUGCGGCUGCUGGAGCUGAUGAACCAGCAUGACACAGAGAUGAAGUACUACAUAGUGCACCUGAAGCGGCACUUCAUGUUCCGGAACCACCUGUGCCUGGUGUUCGAGCUGCUGUCCUACAACCUGUACGACCUCCUGCGCAACACACACUUCCGCGGCGUCUCGCUGAACCUGACCCGGAAGCUGGCGCAGCAGCUCUGCACCGCACUUCUCUUCCUGGCCACGCCCGAGCUCAGCAUCAUCCAUUGCGACCUCAAGCCUGAGAACAUCCUGCUCUGCAACCCCAAGCGCAGCGCCAUCAAGAUCGUGGACUUUGGCAGCUCCUGCCAGCUUGGCCAGCGGAUCUACCAGUAUAUCCAGAGCCGCUUCUACCGCUCGCCCGAGGUGCUCCUGGGCACACCCUAUGACCUAGCCAUUGACAUGUGGUCCCUGGGCUGCAUCCUUGUGGAGAUGCACACCGGAGAGCCUCUCUUCAGUGGCUCCAAUGAGGUGGACCAGAUGAACCGCAUCGUGGAGGUGCUGGGCAUCCCACCGGCCCCCAUGCUGGACCAGGCACCUAAGGCUCGCAAGUACUUUGAACGGCUGCCUGGGGGUGGCUGGACCCUACGAAGGACAAAGGAACUCAGGAAGGAUUACCAGGGCCCCGGGACACGGCGGCUGCAGGAGGUGCUGGGCGUGCAGACGGGCGGGCCCGGGGGCCGGCGGGCGGGGGAGCCGGGCCACAGCCCCGCCGACUACCUCCGCUUCCAGGACCUGGUGCUGCGCAUGCUGGAAUAUGAGCCCGCCGCCCGCAUCAGCCCGCUGGGGGCUCUGCAGCACGGCUUCUUCCGCCGCACGGCCGACGAGGCCACCAACACGGGCCCGGCAGGCAGCAGUGCCUCCACCUCGCCCGCGCCCCUCGACACCUGCCCCUCCUCCAGCACCGCCAGCUCCAUCUCCAGCUCUGGAGGCUCCAGUGGCUCCUCCAGUGACAACCGGACCUACCGCUACAGCAACCGAUAUUGUGGGGGCCCUGGACCCCCUAUCACUGACUGUGAGAUGAACAGCCCCCAGGUCCCACCCUCCCAGCCGCUGCGCCCCUGGGCAGGAGGAGAUGUGCCCCACAAGACACAUCAAGCCCCUACCUCUGCCUCGUCACUGCCGGGGACUGGGGCACAGUUACCCCCCCAACCCCGAUGCCUUGGCCGUCCCCCAUCACCAACCUCACCACCACCCCCGGAGCUGAUGGAUGUGAGCCUGGUGGGCGGCCCUCCAGACUGCUCCCCACCUCACCCAGCGCCUGCCCCCCAGCACCCGGCUGCCUCAGCCCUCCGGACUCGGAUGACAGGAGGUCGUCCACCUCUCCCUCCCCCUGAUGACCCUGCCACUCUGGGGCCUCGCCUGGGCCUCCGUGGUGUACCCCAGAGCACGGCAGCCAGCUCAUGACCCUGCCCCAUCCCUGGGGCCCCUCCUGAAGCCAUACCCCCCCCAUCUGGGGGCCCUGGGCUCCCAUCCUCAUCUCUCCCCUUGACUGGAAUUGCUGCUACCCAGCUGGGGUGGGUGAGGCCUGCACUGAUUGGGGCCUGGGGCAGGGGGUCAAGGUGAGGGAUUUGGCCGCACCCUCCCCACUAAAGACUGGACCCUUGGCCCCCUCUCCCCCCCCUUGUUUUCUAUUUAUUGUACCAAAGACAGUGGUGGUCCGGUGGAGGGGAGACCCCCCUCACCCCAGGGCCCUAGGAGGGGGUGGGGGCAGGUAGGGGGAGAUGGCCUUGCUCCUCCUUGCUGUACCCCCCAGUAAAGAGCUUUCUCACAUG